AUGACUGUCACUCCCAAUGGCGUCCAAAAGGCAGUGCCUUCCGCACUCCCAUUGGUCCAACAACUAUCCAAGGAUCAUGACCUCGUCCUCAAGACUUUCCGUCUUCUGAUUGCAGAUCUCUGCCAGCAAUUCGGCGGUGGCCAUCCGGGAGGUGCUAUUGGCAUGGCCGCGAUUGGAGUCUCGCUCUGGAAGUAUGUGAUGCACUAUGCCCCGCAUACCCCGAACUUCUUCAACCGAGAUCGCUUUGUUCUCUCAAACGGACAUACCUGUCUCUUCCAAUACAGCUUCCUUCACCUGACCGGAUACAAGGCCAUGACAUUUGACCAGCUCAAGUCCUACCACUCAGACCGGGUGGAUGCGCUUUGCCCCGGGCAUCCCGAGAUUGAACAUGAGGGAAUUGAAGUCACCACGGGUCCUCUAGGCCAAGGCAUUGCCAAUGCGGUUGGCCUUGCCAUGGCGACGAAGAACCUCGCCGCAACCUACAACCGCCCAGGAUACGACGUGGUCAAUAACCACACCUGGUGCAUGAUUGGUGAUGCCUGUCUGCAAGAAGGUGUGGGACUUGAGGCAAUAUCAUUCGCGGGUCACUUGCGCUUAAAUAAUCUCACCGUCAUAUAUGAUAACAAUCAGAUCACUUGUGACGGAUCGGUCGACCUGACCAACACUGAGGAUGUAAACGGAAAGAUGCGUGCUUGUGGCUGGGAUGUGAUCGACGUUCAGGAUGGUUGCUUCGAUAUUGAAGGAAUUGUCCGUGCCUUGGAGCAGGCUCGUGCGUCCAAGGACAAGCCGACUUUCAUCAAUGUUCGAACUGUCAUUGGUCUGGAUAGUCAUGUUGCUGGUACUGCCGUGGCACACGGUGCUGCAUUUGGUGUCAACAGUGUGGCAGACAUGAAGACACUAUAUGGUUUCAAACCAGAGGAACACUUCGUUAUUGGAGAGACUGUCCGCCAGUUUUUCCAGGAUCUCCCGGCUCGUGGUGAAAAAUGGGUAUCAGAAUGGAACCAACUCGUUGCUUCAUAUAAGUCUGAAUUCCCGGAGCUGGGUGCCGAGUUUCAGGCCCGUAUCAAAGGCGAACUGCCCGUGAACUGGCAGCAGAAUAUUCCGACUAGCUUUCCGGAGAAGCCAACGGCUUCUCGCGCCUCCUCUGGUCUGGUGUUUAACCCGAUCGCUAAGGAGGUAAAGAACUUCAUGGUAGGAACGGCUGAUCUAUCUCCAUCUGUUAACAUGAUCUGGCCUGGAAAGGUCGACUUCCAAAAUGUGAGUGUCGCCUACCUCCUGGAACAUAUCUGCUUCAAUGAUUUUAACUCGAUCAAACAGCCUGACCUGAAGACCAACUGUGGCAUCAAUGGCAAUUACUCCGGCCGUUAUAUCCACUACGGUGUUCGUGAGCAUGCGAUGUGUGCCAUCUCUAAUGGCCUAGCUGCCUAUUCUCCCAACACCUUUAUCCCUGUCACCUCCUCCUUUUUCAUGUUUUACCUCUAUGCAGCUCCGGCCGUUCGAAUGGGUGCCCUGCAGCAUCUACAAGUUAUCCAUGCCGCUACCCACGAUUCUAUUGGCAUGGGUGAGGAUGGUCCGACCCAUCAGCCCAUUGAGCUAGCUGCCCUCUAUCGCGCUAUGCCAAAUAUACUCUAUAUUCGUCCUGGUGAUAGUGAGGAGACAGCCGGGGCCUGGAUAGCUGCUAUCGGAGCCAAAAAGACUUCGACCAUCAUUUCCACUUCGCGUCAUGCCCUGCCACAACUUCCACAGACUCGCCGCGAUGGCGUCGCGCAUGGCGCCUAUGUUCUCUUAGAAGAUGAAUCCGCCGCUGUAACACUGGUUGGCGUUGGUGCCGAGCUGUCCUUUGCUUUAGAAGUCGCCCAGAAACUGAAGGCAGAGAGGGGCGUUAGCGCUCGGGUGAUCAGCUUUCCUUGCCAACGUCUGUUUGAGCAACAAUCUUUGGAGUAUAAGCGAGAUGUUCUUCGUCGUCACCGCGGGAUCCCUGCAGUCGUCAUUGAGCCUUAUGCUCCGAACGGCUGGGAGCGCUACGCCGAUGCCGGCAUUUGUGUCAAGCGCUUUGGCCACAGCCUGCCUGGAAAGGCUGCUUACAAGUUCUUCGGUUAUGAAAUCGACACUCUAACGGCCAAGGUGGCGGGCUACCUUGAUCAGUUGAAGAGUGACGAUCUUCUUCGCAAUGAAUUCACCGAGCUAUAA